AACAAAAACAGCGGCAUCCAAAUCUCCUACAGUAACAGUGAAGUGCUCUGGCAAGGCAGGUCACAGCCUUUAAAAUUAACAAUGAGAUUUGAAGAUGUUCUCCUGCGUGUCGAUGGUUUUGGAACCUUCCAGAAGAUGCUCCUCCUCAACAAUUUUGUCGGUCGCUUUAGCCUCGUCAGCCACUUUCUGCUGAACGUCUUUAUUGCCGUAAUUCCAUCUCACCACUGUGACUUUAGUGCUCUGGACGUUUACGAUGUUUUUGAGAAUCUGACUCAGGAGCAGAGACUGACUGUCAGUAUUCCUCAACAUGGAGAUGGAACCUUUGAUUCCUGCUACAUGUUCUCAGAACCUCAGUUUCACCUGCUCUCCAACUCGUCUGAUACUACAGAACUCCCUGUGGUCCGGUGCCAGAAUGGAUGGGUCUAUGACAACAGCACCUUCACCAGCUCUCUGGCCACACAGUGGGAUCUGGUGUGUGAAAACGUUGGGAUGAAUAAAGCUGUUGCGACCAUCUUCUUCAUUGGGGUAAUGUUUGGAGCUGCUGCGUUUGGCAGCCUAAGUGCCACAUAUGGUCGAAAGAGGAUGCUCCUGGUCUCAUAUAUUUUAGGGAUGGGCUUUGCAUUGGGAAGCACCUUCUCCAGCUCUUUCAUCAUGUUUGCAGUCUUGAGGUUCUUCACUGGCUUCAGUAUCACUGGCAUUGUCAUCGUCUCUACUAUACUCAAUGUAGAGUGGGUGGACAUUAAGCACAGGAAGAUGGUGGGUAUGAUUGACAGCAUCUCAUGGACCUCUGGGACCAUGUGCUUCUCACUGAUUGCCUACUGGAUCAGAGAUUGGAAAUGGCUGACGGUGGCUGUGAGUUUACCAAUCGCCGCUUCCAUCAUUUCCUGGUGGUGGAUUCCUGAGUCUGCUCGGUGGCUAAUAGCUAAUGGGAAUGUGGACAAAGCUCAUUAUUACCUUCAGAAAUGUGCUGAUAUGAAUAACAGGAAGGAAAUAAUGUCCAGCAUCAAACCUGAGACACUCUCCAGUAUUGUCGUCACAGAAGAAGGGAAUCGGAAAUACUCGUAUCUGGAUCUGGUGAGGACUUCUAAGAUAAGGAGACUGGCCCUGCUCACUGGUAUUACCUGGUUUUGUGUUGCCACUGUUGCCUAUGGAAUUGUAUUCAAUGUUGGAAGUUUUGGCCUGAACUUGUUCUUGACUCAGUUUGUGUACGGAGCCAUCGAAGUUCCUACUAAAGUCGGCACGUUCUUCCUGCUCGACAAGAUCGGCAGGCGGGCCGUAGUGGUUGGAGGUCAGCUAUUGGUUGGUCUUAGUCUCCUGAUUAACAUCUUUAUACCUAAAGAUCAGACAGUGGUUCGGACGGUUAUAGCAGUGCUGGGUCGGGGAUGUUCUUCUGCCUCCUUUAUGACAAUAGUGCUGUACAGCUCUGAACUCUACCCAACUGUCCUCAGGCAGAACGGGAUGGGCUAUAACUCCUUCUUGGCUCGGCUGGGCGCGGCUAUGGCACCUCUGAUCCUCCUAUUGGAUGAAGUGUGGGGGUACCUGUCUCAGGUGAUUCUGUGCUCUGUGGCGCUGCUGGCCGCACUGGUUGCCUUUCAGCUGCCUGAGACGAGACACAGAUGUCUGCCUGAGACGAUAGAGGACAUCGAGGGGAGAAGGAUGUCUCUGUAACUUCAUUUUAAAGUAAAAGACUGAUUCUUUGGAAAAUGUGGAGCUGGAAUUAGUAUUAUGUGCCAUGACUUUUGCCAUGUCUCAUGUAAGCUUUAAAUGUGGAUGGGAUUUCUGCUGAAUCAUUACCAACCAAUGCUCUGUCCACUGUGGAUGGUAAUACCUUCUGCGAUGUAUGAUGUGUACCUACGUGGUACUGUGGAUUGAGGAAUAUUAAAUGUCUGCAUAACUUUGUAAAUAAAACAAUUUAAAAAUCA